AUUAUUAUCAUUUUAUAGUUUGAUAGAAAGUGUGAUUUCCCCCUUUGUGUUAUAGAAAAACAGAGGAAUCUGGAAAAGCUUUUCAUUCCGUUAAUGAAACGCCAAACACGCAAGCAUUAGCAAAUUACUCACUAGUCACUACUCCUACUCCUACAGUUUCUAAGAACAUUCAAGAAACUUCAAUUGAAGAGAGAGAAAGAAGCCGGCAAGAAAAUGAUGUCGCCGUCUAUACUGGAACGUGUAUCUGAUGAUGAUAAACAUGAAGAGCGAAAUCAAUGGCUGCAAUCCUUAGUUGCAAAUAAUGAUCAGACGGCAAUGGAGCUCUCCAAAUUCGUUCUUCAUGAUCAUUCCUUUUUCACUGCUGCCGUGGCCCUUAAAAACCAGGUUAUUGAAGCGACGUGGGAAAAGGAGAGAGCAGUGGCAGCAUGUGUGGACAGUGACCCCACCAUUUACACAGGCCUAAUGGGAACAGCUUUAACUUGCUUACGCGCAUACCAGGCCAGCAAUUGUUACCAAGACUUGCUCUUUUGUGCUCAUAUUGUACGCUAUUGUGCCUCCAUUGCGCAUAACUCCAGACAUGUGACAUUUUUGAGCGGUAGAGGAGGAGUUUAUGCACUGAGCGCUGUCGUUAUGAACUAUAUCGAGGACUAUCUAAGCUGUGGCCAAUUUUUGGACAAAUUUAUCCAGGUAGCAAAAGAAAAAGCACUGCCAGUAGGACCUGAAGAAGGGGGUUUAGGAAUGUCAUACGAUCUUCUAUGUGGAAGAGCGGGAUUCUUAUGGGCGGCUUUGUUCAUCAAAAGUCACCUGGGAGAAGAUGCGUUGUCGAAUGACCUGCUCAUGCCUGUAGUUGAAGCUAUCAUAGCAGGUGGCAGAGCAGGCGCUUCUGAUAAUCCAUCCUGUCCGUUGAUGUACAGAUGGCACGGGACAAGAUACUUUGGUGCUGCUCAUGGCCUUGCCGGGAUUUUGCAUGUUUUGCUUCAUUUCCCACUAUCAGACGAUGAUGCUGAGGAUGUCAAGAAGACUUUGAGGUACAUGAUGAGUAAAAGAUUACCCAAUAGUGGAAACUACCCCUCAAGUGAUGGGAGCUCUAGGGAUAAUUUGGUUCAGUGGUCUCAUGGUGCAACAGGUGUUGCCAUUACCUUGUGCAAGGCCUCACAGGUGUUCCCCAAUGAAAGAGAAUUCCGCGAUGGAGCAAUAGAAGCAGGAGAAGUGGUGUGGAAAGUUGGAUUGGUGAAGAAGGUGGGACUUGCUGAUGGUGUAGCUGGAAAUGGGUAUGCUUUCCUUUCCCUCUACAAAUUAACAGGAGAAGUGAUAUAUGCAGAAAGAGCAAAGGCAUUUGGAAGCUUCUUAUAUCAUAAAGGAAAUGAGUUGGUAUCUUCUGGUGAAACAGAUCAUGCUUAUUCUCUUUUCCUAGGACUUGCUGGAGCUGCUUGUUUCUUCUUUGAUCUUCUUCACCCUGAAAUAUCUAAAUUUCCAGGCUAUGAACUUUGAAAUUAAGGUUUACAACUCUACAUUUAAUUCCCUUGGGUUUUAUUUGGCAUGUAUAACAAUGUUAGUGAAAAGGUUUAGUUUACAUUUUGUUUUUAUUUGGCAUGUUUAGCAACAGUCCUUGUAGGGGUUUAAUGAUACAACUCUGCUCAUUAAUGGUUUUGCUUUUUGCAAAACUCGUAGAACUCAUUUAUUGUGAUUUUCGCGUUUGUCUGAUCUGAUGAUGCUUUAUGAUGUCGUGUAUCAGAUUAUGCUAUACAUUGAUGUUAUCACCAUUUAAUACCAACCAAGCAGGCCAAUAGAGCAUUGAGUGGAGAGGAAAGGGAGGAGAAGUUUGAUGGUUUAUCCUAUAUCGAUUAAUUAUAGAGGAUCAAUCAAUUAUAGAGGGUGCACGCACUUUAUAAGUUAUUAGAACCCUUCCUCGCAACGCCAUAUGGUUUUGGGAUGAUUUCUCAUGGCAUUGGGAUGAUUUCUCUAUGGCUUACGGAAUUUGUGCACAGUGCACCUUGUUUUCC